AUGUCGUCGAAGAAAAUACGGGACCGUCCUUACAAACUGAACUGUGUCGGUGGUGGAAGGAUCAAGCAUGAAGACGGUGCGAAGAAAAUUCUCGUCUAUGGAUACUCUCAGGGAUACGGUCGAGCGGAUCACUCGGUAACCGUAGAUAUUCUCAAGAAGCAAUAUCCCGAUUACGACAUUACUUUCUCCGAUGAAGGUUACUGA